UGCCGUCUUCUUUUGAUUCGCACAAGAGUCGAUCUCUGUUUUACUCGACUGUAGAAUUUCGGCACUCCCACUGAUCUUCCGGACUUUCGGGUCCCACUCUAGUCAAGUAUACCGUAAGGCCGGACGUGUCUGACAGCAUCACUCACUUCAGAGUGCCUGAUGACCUUGAAGCUGACAUAUUUACCUUUUUGGCGGUUGCGAAUUGCUUGCUUGGCGCGACAAAGACUAGCAAAAAGCCAUUCAUCUCUCCCCGAGCACGUAAUGCUCUUUGCUGCCCUUCCAACCGGUCUGGCCUCUGGACUUGACUUGUGUUCAUGCACUCCCUGCUGCAAGGCGUUCUCCUGUUGCGAUAAACUCUUCCGUCCAUGUCUCUCGUGCCCCUCAUUCGCUUGCUCGAGCUCUCUCUUACGCGCAUGCUCGGCCUAUCACACAUCCGCAUCUCUUUUUUUGAAUGAGGAUGGACAUCCGCGGCCCGCGCUGAGAGCUUCACACAGAGUCAGGAUCAACAUCUUGCUCUCCUCUUUUCAGCCUGCUUGACCGAGAGUGACGAGCAAAUUACCUUUAAAAAUAGUGUGGAGUUUCGCCCGUUGUCGGGGAACUGCCUCCAAGUACAGUAGUUAUUCGUUGAAAUUCUCCGGCUCUGAGGACCCUCUUCUGCAACGGUAUU